UUUAUCUUAUUAUACACCAUGCCAUGCCUUGUUGUCUGUCUCCCCUUGGUUGUCUCCUCUUGGCUGCUGCAAUAAGUUGGUCUGCUUAUUUGUCUGCUCUAAUCUCGUCCAGAACCCAGCAGGAUCAUUUCUUACAACACAGAGGGCCCCCCAUCAAAUGGCUCUCCUUCGCAGGCAAAUUCCCUCAUCCACAGGUCAUAGCCUAUCGCUACGGUCUAUCGGGGCUACGUUCUGCAUAGCAAGCUUCCCUCCCAAUAAGCGGGCUUGUCAAUCAUGCAAUGGUUCUUUGUAUCAAAUCGUCUUCUAGAACAUCCGACAUCAUGCACUGGCAGGCCACGGCCCAACUGCUCUCCUCGCGUCACUGGCUGGCUGGGAGAUCAACCAGGCGGACCAGAAAUCGAGAAACUGGUAUCUGAAUAAUCUAUUGAUCUGUUAAAUUCGGUUGAGAGGAGUCGAGAAAAAAAGUUUUCCACCUGAUUAACUUGCCCUCUCAAGCUUGUGGCUAUCUGCUCAACCAAACAAGGAUGACAAGAAAAUGCCGCACUAACGAAAAUUGCUAUGUGGAUCGCUUUCGUUUAUCUAGAGAAGAAAGAGCAUGAUUGAGAAUCCUGAAACCCGCUUUCGGGGAGAAAACCAAUGAGAUGAGAAAAGCGAGUAGAAAGACGAAAUAACCGCUGGUUCUUCUGUAUGCGCAAAACUGCAAAAUUUCCGAUCUAUCAGAAUAUGAGACACAGAACUAUUUAUGCAUACGGGGGCAGCAUUAUUGAAACAUAAGGUUGCUACAGAGUUGCAACGUUUCAGUCAUUGGAAUUUCGUCUAACGCUGAAAAGGCUCAUUCUGGUUAGGCGCUUGGCUCGUGAAAAAUGUUUCCCUUGAAGCUGGAGCAUCGCGGAUACUUCUCUCGAGCUAAUUUAGGAUGCGCGCCGUGAGUCAACCUUGACCACUAAAAUCUGGGCAAUUUCAACUAUAGGCUCUCAAUUUCUAUGGGACAGAAAAUAAAAACAAGGGAAAGGAAUAAAAUCUGCAAAUGGGCGCGGGCGCUACCGACGUUAACGAGAUGUGGAAAGGAAGUCAAUUGGUAUGGUUACUAGCAUUGUUCAGACGAUUCUUCAUAGGUACUUGAACUGGGAAUUUCUCUAAGGAAUUUCUGACGAUAUGCAGCGCUGAGAAUGGGGCUAUGAUGGACGAGCAACUCUACCUGGCAAAGGAUUGCAAUGAUAGGAGAAUCAUGUCUGUAUGCUUCGACGGAUAUUUUUUCGGGGUCACUCUGAGCAAUACGCACUGUAUGUACGGAGUACAAUGGCAGAGGAUACGAAAUAUACCAGGCUUAGAUGCUAUUUCUACCCAAAUUUCCAACUGAAUAUGAGCGGAAAUGAAUCAAACCACAUCAUAUAUUCCGUAUAUUCCUAUCAGCUAUGUGGAGUAAGUAACUACUCCUAUUAGUUGUCCAUCUUCCAUUAGAUGUCUUGGUGGGUCCGCGCGUCUAUUGGAGGCUGCGGCUGGUUCGCGCGCCAACCUUAUCUCGCAAUCUGGCGCUUACGCUGCGUUAUCGUUGUCCCCCUCACUCAACUCUAACAAUUCGGUGUCAACAUGGAACAAACAUGCCCAUGACGGGACUAACAUUAGGUACCACUUAUCUUCAUGAUGCCAGGGUUUGUCACCCUGCAUUUAAAGUAUGCCCUUCAGACUACCGUCUUUAUUAGACGGCUCACCCCUGUCGCUCUGUCAGGACGCGACAGUGCCGCAAAGCACGCUUUCUUUCACAAUCUCGCAACCAGACAUGGCCUCCCAGCGCCCUCAUCGCAAAGUUUUUCUCACGUGCCGCACACGCCCAGACUCCGCACAAGAUCAACCGCAUUGGUGGCUACUACACGGAGCGUGAACUUUUCCAUGCUCCAUACUACGAGUGGGACAACUGGGGUUGCGCAACCAGUCGCCGUGUCCCAUGGCCCCUUGAUUGGUAACUUGGAACCAACUAUGUCAGACUCACCACUGUCCGAUGCGCCAAUCGACAUUGACGCUCUAGUUCCUGGAACUAAACGCUCACCAACAAGCGCCGGCAAGAGCUUCGCUACUGGAAUCCCCGAUCCAGCAGCCAAUGUCGAUAUCCCCGCUAACGUAGAGGAGGUUAAAGAGGCGCUCUCGCGACCUCCGCCAGUUAACAGCAACUAUCUCCCUCUUCCAUGGAAAGGCCGAUUAGGAUAUGCCUGCCUAAACACAUACCUGCGCACCUCUAACCCGCCCGUCUUCUGCGCGCGCACAUGCCGCAUCUCUUCAAUCCUCGAAAAUCGCCACCCACUCCAAGACUCCACCCAGCCCGCCCAUCGUACCAAAAAUCGCCCAGAUCUCCAACAACCUCCCGACAUCGAGCGUGGGCUGGCAUAUGUGCAGGCCCUGGGCAUAGCGAACGCGCGCGAUAUUGUGAAGCUGCUCCGCUGGAAUGAGCGCUACGGGAUUAAAUUUAUGCGGCUUUCGAGCGAGAUGUUUCCUUUUGCGAGCCAUGCGGAGCAUGGGUAUAGAUUGGAGCCGUUCGCGGCUGAUGUGCUGGCAGAAGCCGGGAGGGUUGCGGCCGAGCUGGGGCAUCGGUUGACUGUUCAUCCGGGUCAGUUUACACAAUUGGCUUCACCGCGGCCCACUGUUACCGAAAAUUCUGUCCGAGAUCUUGAAUACCAUGCGGAGAUGUUGCGGUUGUUGAAACUUCCGCCGCAACAGGACCGGGAUGCUGUUAUGAUUUUACACAUGGGCGGGGUUUUUGGUGACAAACAAGCUACCCUUGAUCGUUUUCGGAAGACCUACAGGACACUAUCGGGCGAUAUCAAGAAUCGUCUUGUCCUGGAGAACGACGAUGUGAGCUGGACGGUGCACGACCUACUACCCAUCUGCGAGGAGUUGAACAUUCCGCUCGUGCUCGAUUACCACCAUCACAAUAUCAACUUUGAUGCAGGCAAGGUCCGUGAGGGGACGCUGGAUAUCAUGAGUCUUUACGACCGCAUCGCCGCUACCUGGACGAGAAAGGGCAUCACGCAAAAAAUGCAUUAUUCCGAGCAGACACCGUCCGCUAUUACGAAGAAGCAGCGACGCAAACAUAACUCCCGCGUCCAUGUGCUUCCCCCCUGCGAUCCCACAAUGGAUCUUAUGAUCGAGGCUAAGGAUAAAGAGCAGGCUGUCUUUGAACUUAUGAGGACAUAUAAACUUCCCGGUUUUGAGAAGAUCAAUGACAUUAUUCCCUUCACACGCGCCGAUGAGAAUAAAGUUAGACGGGCCGAUGCUAAGAAGCCGAAGGAGAAGACGACAAAGAUAGCGAGGAAGUCAGUCUCGUCCCUGAAGCAGCAAGGUGCUGUUGAAUCAGAUCAUGACAAUUAUGUUGAUGAUGACGGUGAAAUAGUCGCAACGGUUAUCCCUGAGGAGGAAGUUGGUAUGGGCGGACCGGAAGGCCGCGUCUAUUGGCCUCCCGGCAUGGAGGAGUGGUUACAAUCGGCUAAACGUUCGUCCAAGCUUGAGAUUGCGGAGGUAAUCGUGGCGAAGAAUAGCAGCGGCAACAGCACAUUGGAUACGGCAACUACUCCGGCGACACCGCGGAAAAGAGGGAGGCCGAGAAAAACUACAGAUACCGCAACAGCCGCAGAGACCAUCACUGAGAAACCAGCAGUAAGGAAACGGCAGAGGGCUAAAAAGGCUGCUUCGAUAUCCUCUGACGGUGGUGGUGGCAGCGAAUAUGAAGCUGUUGUUGACCUAGCUGCUACGGACAAGAAGGCCACCGCUACCCGUGCUUCGGGAAGGACUAAAGGGAAGAAGAUUGAUUAUGCAGAUGAAGAGUCUGCCUAAUAUACUGGAGUUCACGGAUGGGUUCUAUGCUAACAUUUGGCGCGUGGGAGUUACGGAGUUACGGAGUAAUGUGUAGUGAAGAGAGCUUGAAUACCUUUGGGCAGGCAGUGACUAAAUGGAGGCGUACAUAGCGGCGAGGGAGGUAAUAUUAUAUCAUAAUAAUAAAUUUCUAGGAUACCAAAGAGAAUCGUCAUUCAUACCUUGUUAAUAAAAAUUGUUGUUUUGAUUGCGGCUGCAACUGCGCCCUUGUAACACGCAGGACUAACUAUUAGGAUAAAGACUGUUAGGAUAAAGACAACUGCUUCUUAAAUCCGGUUUCAUAUUGCUGCAAGCACCUACAUAUCUCAUUUUUAGACUCCAGUAGAGGUAGAAUAAGC